GCUUAUUGAUUUGAGUGACAUCAUCAGUUCCGUUCCAACGCGGAAAUGUGUAAUGUAUAUUAUUGUAUUAUAGGAUCAGUUGUCUGGCUUGUAACGGACAUAUGCUGAAUCGUAGUUGUACAGUAAGUGAUACAGCAUGCUGUUGUCAAGUUUUUCCGACGCUGUGUGAUAAUGGCGUUUUGUUGGAGGAGUUUACAGCUCGUUCGACCUUAGUGUAUUUACUGACACGCACCAGGAACACGCAACUUUGACCACUGACAGAUCUGUCAAAAUCAGGGAGAGAAUCAUGGACCGGAGACAAAUGUUGCUGUUGUUGCUCUGCCUCGCGGGAAUCGUGCAACAGUGUGAGGGAGGGAAUUCAGUUUCUCUUCCAGAGUCUCUGCUCUUCGUUUCUACACUGGAUGGAAGACUACAUGCUGUCAGUAAACAGACAGGAGACAUCAAAUGGACACUAAAGGAAGAUCCCAUCAUACAGAUUCCUGCCUAUUUUCAAGAGCCAGGCUUUCUCCCAGAUCCCAAUGAUGGCAGUCUGUAUGUACUAGGUGGCAAACACAAAGAGGGUCUUAUGAAACUUCCAUUCACAAUUCCAGAACUGGUCCAGUCAUCUCCAUGCAGAAGUUCAGAUGGCAUGCUCUAUACAGGUAAAAAGCAGGACACUUGGUUUGUGGUUGAUCCUAAGACAGGUGAAAAGCAGACAAGCCUGAGCACUUCCUCUGCAGAUUCAAUCUGCCCCUCUGCGCCUCUCUUGUACAUUGGUCGCACAGAAUAUGUGAUCACUAUGUAUGAUACAAAAUCUCAGGAACUCCGCUGGAAUGCCACCUACAACGACUACUCCGCUCCUCUCUACGAUGACAAAAAAUAUGAAUAUAAGAUGUCCCACUUUGCAUCCAGUGGGGAUGGUCUUGUGGUCACGGUGGAUCGGGACUCUGGUGAGGUUUUGUGGAUGCAGAAGUUUGAGUCUCCUGUGGCAGGGUUCUACCUCUGGAGUCAGGACAGUCUGCGGCGAGCUCCUCACCUGACAGUCGCGACAGAAACCCUGCGUUACCUGACCUUCACUGCAGAAAACACACAAUCCCACACCAUGAAGUGGACCUACCAGUUUACAAAGGAGCAGCAUAGCACCAAGACUCAGCUAGUUCCCACUCUCUAUGUUGGCAAGACGGACUCUCAUCUCUAUGCUUCUACCUCCCUUGUGCAUAAAGGAGUUGCAAUAGUGCCAAAAGGUCUCACUCUAGCUCGUAUUGAGGGGCCAGUCACAGCUGACUUCACAAUGGGGAAUGGGCGGGCUGAGUGUGAGAUCACACCCAGCACUGAUGUCAAGUAUCCACCAGGAAGCACCAGCUCACUGCAGAAUCACUGGCUGCUGAUUGGUCACCAUGAAAUCCCUCCUUUGGCUCACACCACCAUGUUGAGAGAUUUCCCAGAGAACCUGCAGCGCUCUGGUGAUGUCAUCCCAUCUAGAGGUUCCAGUUCUUCUUUCCGUCCUGCAUCUCACCCAUUGCCGCCAGUAACACAGCACAGCUCUUCCCCCGUGUUGCCUGACUCGUUAACCUCUGACCCCAUGACUGUGCUGGUAGUGACACUGCUGUUGGGAGUGUUGACUGCCUUUCUGUUCUCUGCACACAAAAGGCUUGUCAAAAAGUCUCAGAGAUCUGAAGGGCCAAUGGAAUCCAACCCUCUGCCUGUUCAGACCAAUCAGAUUUCUCCAACCGAACCCAACACACCACCCUCAUCGUCAUCCUACAACAACAACAGCCAUUCAGAGAAGACUAGCUCUGUUGCAUCCAAUCAAACUCAGCCUUUCUCAAGCAAAGACUCCACCACAUUAACAACUGCUAGCCAGUCAGAAAAUGGACAGCCAGAAGUGGUUGAAGUUGGGAAAAUCUCUUUCAGUCCUUCUGAGGUGCUAGGGCAUGGGACGGAGGGAACAUUUGUUUUCCGGGGUCAUUUUGACGGCCGGCGUGUGGCGGUAAAGCGGAUCCUGCCAGAGUGUGUGGAAUUUGCAGAGCGUGAGGUUCAGCUCCUCCGUGAAUCAGACGAACAUCCCAAUGUCAUCCGUUACUUCUGUACAGAGCGGGACAGACAGUUCACUUAUAUUGCCAUUGAACUGUGUGCCGCCACUCUCCAACAGUAUGUGGAGGACCCAAGCUGUCCUAACUCAAGGCUGAACCCAGUGUCCCUACUUGAACAGACCAUGUGUGGCCUCAGUCACCUACACUCCUUAAACAUCGUCCACAGGGAUUUAAAGCCGCGGAAUAUUUUGCUCUCUCUCCCGGGGGCACUGGGUCGAGUCCGGGCAGUGAUCUCAGAUUUCGGCUUGUGUAAAAAGCUUCCAGAUGGUCACCAUAGUUUCAGCCUACGCUCUGGAAUACCUGGAACUGAAGGCUGGAUUGCCCCAGAAUUACUCAUAAAUCCUUCAAAAGGAAACCCUACAAGUGCAGUGGACAUCUUCUCAGCAGGAUGUGUGUUUUAUUAUGUGACGUCCAAAGGACAGCAUCCAUUUGGUGACAAUCUGCGGCGUCAAGCUAAUAUUCUCUCUGGAGUCUAUAGCCUCAACCACUUUAUGGAGGAUAUACAUGAGGAUGUGAUUGGCAGGGAUCUGAUUGAGCAGAUGAUAAGUGCAGAACCAGAGAAUCGCCCCUCAGCAGCAUCCAUCCUCAAACAUCCAUUCUUCUGGAUCCCAGAGAAACAGCUGCAGUUCUUUCAGGAUGUAAGUGAUAGAAUAGAGAAGGAGCCAGCAGACAGCACUAUAGUGGCCCGUCUGGAGACCUCCGGCAGAUUUGUAGUAAGAACUAACUGGAGGAUGCACAUAUCAGCACCAUUACAGGCUGAUCUUAGAAAAUUUCGCACAUAUAAAGGAAACUCUGUGAGAGACCUAUUAAGAGCUAUGAGAAAUAAAAAACAUCAUUACCAUGAACUCCCUCCAGAGGUUCAAACAGCUCUUGGUGAAGUCCCUGAUGGCUUUGUGGCAUAUUUUACCUCCCGUUUCCCACGGUUACUGCUACACACACAUUCAGCACUUAGCAUCUGUGCCCCAGAGAGACUCUUUCAUCCCUACUACCAUCACUAAGCACCCCCAAAAUCUCCAUAGACACUUGUUUGUUCUUACACUGGACUGGAUUGGGAAAGGGGAGUCAUGAAAACCUUUUAGGACUAGAUCUAACAUGUGUAAUUCUGUAUUUCAGAGCUGUGAACACUUUGAACACAUUUUGGUGAAUUCUAACUAUAAAAGAUACAAAGGAUAUUUUAUGCCUAUGCUUUUACAGAGAGUCAGAUAAUGUCUGAAGAACAGAUGAUAGGUCAGAUUACCAAAUUAUUUUGAUUAUAUUUAUAUUCAGAAUAUGCUUACUCAAAAGCUUUGUUACACCUCCAAGAGCUUUAAAAGUCAGCACAACAUUGUGAUAGAUUAAAAACCCAGAGUAUUCUGUUCUCUGGGUUGUUUUGUACACUAAGUGUACAAGAAUAGGUAUUUGGGUAGCACUUUACAAUAAGGUUGCAUUUGUUAACGUUAGCUAACAACAUACGUGAACUAACAAUGAACAAUACUUUUACAGCAUUUAUUAAUCUUGGUUCAUGUUAGUUUCAACAUAUAGUUAAUGCACUAUGUACUAACACAAAUGAAGUAUUAAUUAACGUUAACAAAAAUGAAUAAAUGCUGUAAAAAUAUAUUGUACAUUGUUAGUUCAUGAUACCUAAUGCAUUAACAAAUUUAGCUUAUUGUAAAGAGUUACUGGUAUUUGUUUUUGAUCAGAUAAACUGUGACUGAAUAACUGCAAAAAUGCCAGUCUGUAGUGCAUCAUUUAUAUUUAAAUAUUUUGCUUUGUGUGGUUUUAAUUUCAGCUUCAUGCUACUUUUAUGAAUUUAUUACAGUCCAUCACAGAUUGAAAUGUCAUCCUUCUCCCUGAGUGUCAUAGAUUUAAAACUAAAUAUGGUGUUAUGCAUUCUUAUGAAAUUGCAAUUACAACUGCAGUUCCUUAAGUAUUCCCUAGAGCCUGCUGUAGGCUCAGAAAAAAAUGCUUGUUACCUAAAGUAUGCUUAUAUUACAGUUUUAAAGCGUUUAAAAUCACUCAGUAUUUUUAUACUGCAAGUUUAAAAAAAAAAAAAAAAGUCAUUUUUUAUAAAUUAAGUGUUGGGGGUUUUUGCCACUGAAAAAUACCAAGGAAAUGUAAGUACCUUUUUAUACGCAAUGAAGAGUGACGGUAUACUGAUGAUGUUUUACCAAAACUUCUGUGCUAUUUAAACUUUUUGUUCAAGUGGCACAAUACUGUUGGCAACAUGUUUUAGUAUAUACCUAUUUCACUGAUAUAUCUUGAGCAGGGUAACACUGGUCAACGUCAUGUAACUUAAUUUUGAAAAAUAUACUAAUUAAAUAUUUUCACUCUGUCUUAAAGAGA